AUGCAGUCUGCCAGUGCUGAUUUAGCUGACCACCCUAUCCCCCCUAGGGGCACCAUAGGCUCUGUUUCCCAGGCUGACCCUAGCCUCAUAGGCUCUGAGGAGUUCCAAAGCCUCCUGGAUGCCACUAUGUCAAACUCCAUUAGCAAGGCCAUCUCCUCUGCCAUGAGAGCUAUGUCCUCCAGUAUCUCACAGUCCAUCUCCCAGGCCCUUAGGCAGGCCCUCCCUGGGCCAGGACUGUCUCCCAUUUCCCCUGAAGGGACUACUGCAGGACGUAAGGCGCUUGGCAAGUGCAAACACGCUAUUGACCCCCCCCCAUGCCCAAGUAAAGCCUGGUUUCAUUGACACGCCUCAGGCUGUCAAUGAUGGCACGCAACAACCGCGCAAUAGAGCUACUGGCCGGGCUACGGCGGCCAGAGAGUGGAAACGGGCACGGGCCCAUGAUUUAUUGUCUGAUUCAGACGAGGAUGGGGAGGAAGGGUCAGAUGACCAGUUCUCAGAUCCCUACGGGGACGAGACCUCAGGAGACGCGGAUCUCCCUGGAACACAAUUCCCUUCCAGACCGGCUCAGGCCAAAGCACAGUCGGGGGCUCCUGAGACAGAGUCAACCCGUGACGCUAAGGAUACCCUGGCAUUUGAUCCAGACAAUCUCAGACACCCUCGCUCCGCUAAAUGGGAGCCCGCUGAGCACAUAGCUCAAUACCUGGCCCUCAGAGUCCGCAAAUCCCUCUCACAAGAGGGUCGUAACAAACUAAGGGCGGAAUGCCCCCGCCCUAACAUACCCGAUGCAGUGGCAAAAAACCCUGAAGUGAAGACUGGUUGGAAGCCCAAAACGGGCCUAGACUACUCGCUGCGCAACUGUCAUGACAAGUUCCUCGACACUCUGGACCCAGUCACCAAGCUGUAA